AUGAAACUAAUACCUUUUUCAUCAGUGCCGUUGGUUGCUGUGUGCGUUUAUGAGAUGCAGUGCAUAGUACUGUGCAAAAACCUCUGGUCGAUGGCAGUGGCGCAGCAUCAUUUCUAUCUGGACUACAGAUCGAAGAAGGUAAUAUUUUCCUUGUCCUUUUGA